UUUUCGAUUUGGCUAUGUAGAAUUGUGGAUUGUUGUCAAAUACUUAAGUUUGUUUGUGGGUUUUGGUUAUUUUUCCAUCUCUGAGUUGAGCUUGUCUACUUUGAUCUUUCCAAUUUGGAAAUGUAUUUUUUUUUAUCUUCGCCAGUUCAGUUCUUUAUUUUGUCUAAGCCAAUAAACGCUGUCAGCAAUGUGUUUGACGAUUUUUAUUUUGCAUGAAUCCAUCAUUCAUCAGCUUCUUGGAUUGUUGUAUGUUUGAGUUGCCUGAGAUUUUACGUUGGUAUCAUUGUUGACGCUCGUGGCAGGUUAAGAAUUGGUCUUAUGAGUGACAAUCAAGAAGAGAGAAGAUUGUUUCUUGUUUACUUGUGUUUAUAGUAUUCUAGUUUUGAGCAUCCCAAAACAAGCUCAUGUUUCCAGUUAUACACUGUGGUUGAAGUGGUAGCAUAGUGGCGAAGAGAAAGGAAGGUAUUCUCUAUGCCUUUGCAUGUGGAAAGGUUUUCAUCUGACAGCACAGCCCAUUGCCUUAAGAUAGCGCUGAAAGUCUGCGUUGUCUUCAUUAGGAAUUUGCAAUGGAGAAGUUGGCUAUGGGCUUGAGUAAAGGAAAUUAAUAUAUAAUGUUGCAGUAGUCCAAACUAUGAAGUUGUUUUAAAUGCAAGCCUCAAGCUAGAGUAAUGGGUAAGGAAAAUUUAUCACAACCAAUCAGUGGUGGAAUCAGGAAUAAUGGUCACUCACCUGGGAAGAGUGAAGAUUCAGGGACUGACUCACGUUGCAGUCUAGAUGCAGGUAUGCCAACAUGCCGUGUGUGCCAAUGUGCUGAAUCUGACAAAAGGGGAGAUGUUGCUUUGGGAUUUUUGGGCAUUGUUCCUCCAUUGCAAGAAGCACGUAAAAGUAAUGGAGCAGAAAAACCUGAAAGCAGAGAAGUACCCUUGGACGCUGAAGCUGGUCAGUUUCAUAGCAAAAAUACUGGAAGAGAAUCAGGGCUGGUUGAGUUCAUCAGUCCUGGAGGGGAGGUUUUCAUUUGUAAUACGGAUACAGAUUUAGAAGUGGGUUUGUGUCACCAGCAAGACUUGUUAAUUGAACUUGGCUGCUCAUGCAAAAAUGAUCUUGCCUUAGUACACUAUGCAUGUGCACUCAAGUGGUUCGUCAAUCAUGGAUCCACUGUUUGUGAAAUCUGUGGACAUGUUGCAAUUAAUAUCAGAACUUUGGACUUUAAAAAGGUUAUGGUUGCUUUGAAGGAUUACGAAGCAUUGAGGGAAAGGACUGCCAUUGGAGAUCCUAAUCCUGCUCAGGUGCAUACUAGUGCAGGUGUAGAUCCUGAUGCUGUUGCUGCUGUUAGAAGGCAACGGCUAAGUGAAAUUUCAUUGUGGUUUAGUCCACACAAUAAUCACAACAAUAAUUAUAAUAAUAAUAAUUCUACUGCAGUUUCACAGGUUGUUUCUGAACAACCUCUGAAUACUGUCAUGGAAGAUGUCCCUGCUGAGAAUCCUGCAACUAAAUGGGCUGUGGAAGCUACUGGUAUUUUACUUGCUACAGGGCUUCUCACUGUUACUCUAGCAUGGCUUAUUGCUCCCCGUGUUGGAAAGAAAACUGCCAAAAGUGGUCUUCAUAUUCUCCUUGGAGGUGUUUGUGCUCUAACAGUGGUGGUCUUCUUUCGCUUUAUUGUGCUGACCAGAAUCAAAUAUGGACCUGCUCGCUACUGGGCUAUCUUAUUUGUCUUCUGGUUUCUUGUGUUUGGCAUAUGGGCAUCACGGACACAUGAUGCUCAUACUACAUAGUUUCUUGGAGAUCAUAAAUGCAUGGAAACUUCUCUUUCAGGUUGUGUUUUGGUCACCAAAUGGAAAAAUUUGAGUAGCAGCGGCUUUUAAGAACUUCAUUAUGAUGCCAUUCAUGACCUUGUAGAUCAUGUAUUCUGUAAUUCAUGUGAAUAGACAAGACCAAUACUUGGCAUAGAAUGUUGUUAGCAUGAGCUGCUAUAUUAGAGAAACAUGAUUUUUAUCUGAUUGUUUUCAUUAGCUGAUUUGUUGUUAAACUUGUUCCGAGAGAACUUUACAAUCCGAGAUUCAGCUUCCUCAACUAGAGGCUUUCAGGGAUGGUA